AGGGCCUCACAAAAUGAGAGGAUUUCUUGGGCUGAACCAAGGAAGCUAUUUAUGCUUUUGGAAUAUGAGUCUCAAAUUUCUCUAGACGAGAACCCGUCAUUAUUACCCGUAAUAGCAGAAAAAGAAAGAAAGAAGUUUUGCCAUGAUGGGUUGUUGCCUGCCGCCUACAAAUUUCUCUCCCGGAAGCAAUCUGUGGAGACCAUCUUGGCCAGUUCUCAAGGCUUAUCCAGGAGGGAAUGUGAAAGGGAAGCCAGUGCUUAGAAGAGCAUUUGGGAUCAAUGCUGCAGUUGAAUUUGUAAAUGCUAAUGUAGCAAAGAAGCUUGUUUCUGUUGACGGGUAUGUUGUGUUAGAUGUGCGUGACAAGACUCAGUUCGAGCGUGCACAUAUAAAAGAUUGCUUUCAUGUUCCAGUCUUCAUCGAAAAUAAGGACAAUGACUUGGGAACUUCGUUAAAGAGAGCUGUGCAUAGCAAUUUUUCUGGCUUAUUCUAUGGUCUACCUUUUACUAAACCAAAUCCCGAAUUUGUGCAAUCUGUUAGAAGCCAGUUAUCACCUGAAAGCAACUUGUUACUUGUUUGUCAAGAAGGAAUGAGGUCUGCUGCUGCUGCAAAAAUGUUGGAGGAUGCUGGUUACCAGAAAAUAGCUUGUAUAGCAUCGGGUCUUCAAUCUGUGAAACCAGGAACAUUUGAUUCCGUGGGUUCCACGGAGUUGCAAAAUGCAGGCAAGGCUGGUUUAGUUAUGGUACAAGGCAAGGUUUCAGCUGUGCUAGGAACUCUACUAAUCUGUGCAUUUCUUUUUAUAACAUUCUUCCCAGAACAAGCGGAAAAACUACUUCGAAUCAUUCCUGCCAGCUAGCCCCAAUGUGAGUAUAUCUUUCUUGCAAAUCAUGAGAGCUUAGAUAUCUCCUAGAAAAAUGUAUGGUCUAGUUAUUGGAAGUUGGGACGACCUCUGACACUCAUUUUUAAAAUGGUCUAUGUAAAUUACAGGCCCGCCCUAUUGUGGUUGGAUGCCCCGUACAAUUUAAUAAGUUUAUGCUCAGACCUCGAUCUUACUCUUGUAUAUGCAAAAAAAUCCAAAUUAGGGUUCUAGGAAAAAAUCUAAAUAAAUUCUAUUGAAAAUU